AUGCACGGUUCCUUGGUAACUUCUAGUUUGAUUAGGGAAACCACAGAAAAUGAAUCUGCUAAUGAAGGUUACAGAUUCGGUCAAGAGGAAGAAACCUAUAAUAUUGUGGCUGCUCAUGGUUAUUUUGGACGAUUGAUCUUCCAAUAUGCUAGUUUCAACAAUUCUCGUUCUUUACAUUUCUUCCUAGCUGCUUGGCCUGUAGUAAGUAUCUGGUUUACUGCGUUAGGCAUUAGCACUAUGACUUUCAAUUUAAAUGGUUUCAAUUUCAACCAAUCUGUAGUUGAUAGUCAAGGUCGUGUAAUUAACACAUGGGCUGAUAUUAUUAACCGAGCUAAUCUAAGUAAAAAACCGCAAAUUCCUUCGAUAUUGUAUGAAUGA